CGAAAAGCAUUAAUUAGCCAGAACAGAUAAAUCAGAGACUGUAAGAUUGUCAAGUGUUUCUGUCAAGAAAAAUAUCGUUACGCUUGGUUGAGCUAUAGUCGUUUACUACACAAUGGAUUUUUUCGCGAAAAAGCCAACCAUGAAAGAGCAAAUGCGGGAUACAGAUAGACAGCUGAGGAAAACAGGGAGAGAGAUAGACAGAGACAGAAGAGAACUGGAGAAGGAAGAAAAGAAGCUGGAGAUGGAGAUAAAAAACGCAGCAAAGACAGGCAAUAAGCAAGCUUGCACUGUUCUUGCUAAACAACUGGUUCAAAUUCGUAAACAGAAAGAAAGGACAUAUGCUGCCAACAGCAAGAUUACUUCAAUAAAUUCUCAAACAAAAGUCAUGGGAGCCAACAUGAAGUUGGCUGGGGCAAUGACCACUGCAACUCAAAGUAUGAUGGCAAUGAACAAAACCAUGAAGCCUGAACAGCUGAGUCGCACAAUGCAAGAAUUUGGAAAGGCUUCCACCCACAUGGAAAUGAGCGAAGAGAUGAUGAGUGAUGCCUUGGAUGAUAUUUUAAAUGAAAGUGGGGAUGAAGAAGAAGGAGACUCAAUCGUUCAGCAAGUUUUAGACGAAAUCGGUAUCGACAUUUCCUCAAAGGUUUCCAAAGCCCCGUCUGCUCCGUCCAAGUUGGGUGCCUCAUCAGCUGCUGACAGCGAGUUCGCAGAGUUGGAAAAGCAAUUGGCUAAACUGAAGAGUUAGUUAUUUGUUCGCAAGGUUGAACGAUCUAACUAUUUGAAAAACCUGUCGUGUUAAAUUCUUUCUCGAUAAUAUUAAUAUCCACUACUAAUAGUUUUUGUUCAUAGAAAUACCGGAAAAUAAAUGAGCAAAAGCCUUGCAAUUCAACUUCAACUUA